GCAACUGUGACAGCAAGCAAAAUGGCGAGUACACAAGAAGAUGCCGAUUUGCGUCCGAAAAGUAAACGCAUGUUUAUUAAUCAUGUAGACCAAUAUCAGGGGAGAAAUCUUGCAAAGUUUCUGUCCCGCUGUGUGGUUGGAUCUUCUCUGGAGGAGCAAGAGGAAGAAGAUGAUGCAAGGUCCACUGACAGCUCCAUCAUCCCAACAACCAAAGAGGGGUGCUAUGAAAUUGUUGGUACUCUCAAAGACAGGGGGACACCUAAACCAGAUUUUGUCAAGGAACUCAUCCUGUUUGAGAACAAAGACCAACUGUAUGAGCAGCUUGUGGAGUGUGAUGUCAUCGUGUAUGACAUCACAGAGGAUCCAGACCAAAUUGAUGAAGCUGUGUGGGCAGUCUCAGAGCUCCAUUCUGACUUGGAGAAGAUGGAGAAGUCGAAGAUGUUUAUCCUCAUCUCCUCCUGUAUGACCUGGGCAAAGAGCACCCUGGAUCCUGAUGAUCCUGAAAUACCCUUCACAGAAGAUGAUUACAGGAGGAGAAAGCCACAUCCAAACUUCAAGGAACACAUCAGUGCUGAGAAGACUGUCAUCAAGCUUGGCAAAACAAACAAAGCCAAACUGGUUACCUACGUCAUCUGCUCUGGCCUCACAUAUGGAGCUGAAGAAAACAUCUUCCACUUCCUCUUCAAGUCGGCAUGGCACAAUGUCCAGCAGCUCCAGUGUUUCGGCAACGGGCAGAAUGUCAUCCCCACCAUCCACAUCAAGGACCUGGCAGGAGUGAUUCAGAAUGUUGCUGAUGCACGUCCCAAAGUGCGGUACCUCAUUGCCAAAGAUGAUGCCCAGAAUACUCUGGAGGAAAUCGUCAAGGAAGUGAGCACCCAACAGGGAACAGGCAAGGUCAAGUUCAUCACCAAGGAGGAAGCUCUGCUCAGCAAGGACAUUGAACAAGCUGACUUUGACAUGCUGUUGGUGAAUUUGCGUAUGGAUGCCGUUCAUGUGAAGGAGAGCAUGCGCAUCAACUGGGUGUCCGAGGGUGGCAUCAAGGAGAACAUCGCGCUGGUCACCAAGGAGUACAAGGAUGCACGGGCACUGCAGCCUCUGCGUGCUGUGAUCGUGGGUCCCCCUGCGUCGGGCAAGUCUACAAUAGCAAAGCAGCUGUGUGAGCACUACAAACUGCACCACAUCCAGAUCAAGAAGGUCAUUGAUGAUGAGAUAGAGAGUCUGGAAGCCAAGGCUAAACGAGCUGAUGCGGAAGACAAUGAGGAUGAUGAUGGUUCUGCUCAGGAGGCUCAGGAGUUGCUGGAACAGAUCAAUGAAAGCCGUGAGCAGAACAACAACCGUAUUGAGGACCAAUAUGUCAUCAAGUUCUUCAGGGACAAGCUCCACUCCAUGCCCUGCCAAAAUCAGGGUUUCAUCUUGGAUGGAUACCCAAAGACACUGGAGCAAGCAAAGGAUCUGUUUGCAACUGAAGAUGAUGAGGAGGCUGAGGAAGCAGCUAAGGGAGGUAACUUUGACAGAACUAUCAUGCCUGAGUUUGUCAUCUCACUGGAAGCUACUGAUGACUUCUUGAAGGCUCGGGUGAUGAAUCUGCCAGAGAGUGUAGUUAGUGGUACACACAACACAGAGAAAGGACUGGGCAACCGUCUUUCAGAAUUCCGCUCCAUCAAUACAGAGGAUGAAACUGUGCUCAACUACUUUGAUGAACUGGAAUUCCAUCCAGAGAAAAUGGAUGUUACCAAAGAUGGUUCACCCAUGAUGAAGGAAACAGUAGAGAAAAUCAAGAAAAUCAUGGGCCCUGCAAGAAACUAUGGUCCAACCCCUGAGGAGAUGGAGGAGAUGAGGCGACAGGAGGAGGAAGAGAGACUCAAGAGGGAGGCAGAGGAGAUGGCUGAGAGAGAGAGGAGAGAGGCAGAGGAAGCAGCAGAAAGGAAGAAGAGACAGGAAGAAUGGUCUCAGCGCCUCAGUGAAGUGAAGAGGGAGGAGUAUGAGCUGCUGGAGGCGCAGUCUAUCCCUCUGCGGAACUUCCUCAUGAAACAUGUGAUGCCUACACUCACCCAGGGCCUCAUUGACUGCUGCAAGACACGUCCUGAGGAUCCUAUUGAUUAUAUUGCCGAAUACCUGUUCCAGCACAACCCACAGGUUGACUGAUGUCAUCUACCUCUCAGAGUUGUCUCCCCUUUGUACAUAUACCCUUUCCCUGCUCCCACCGUCCAGCCUUAUGUCCACAUGUGAUAUAUCAAUGGUCAGCAUUCCAUUUAAUCAUCAGUGUCUUUGGACAUUUCGUUUUGCAGAUGUAUUUGUAAAUUAUUUGCUUGUCAUGUAAAAUGCUAGAAGGUUAAGUUUCUUCCAUCCAUAAGCAAAUCAGUAUUUGAGUUAUUUUCCUUGUUCAGUUUUUCAAGUUGUACAAAACGAUACAACUCUACAUGUGAUGAUAUGUUUCCAGUAUUUGUUGACUAUUUAUAUUGUACCACUGUUGAAUAUGGAAUCUGUCUUGAAUAAACCAAAUAUUCUUAAAAUU